AAGCAGCCGCGGUGGCCCCCGCAGUGCGCCCCGCGGCUCGCGCCCCGCGGCGCCCAGAUGGUGCCGCUGGCGGCCCUGCUCUGGCUGCAGCUGGUGCGGCUGCCCGCCGCCCGCGCGAGGCCGGAGCUGGUGAGGCCGGAGCGGCUCAGGCCGGUGUCGGAGCGGCCCAAGGGGGCGAGGAUCCCGAAGCCUUCGGCGGCCUCCGAGGAGAGGCGGCCCCCGCGCCAGGCGCCGCAGAAGCCGCCGCAGAGGAAGGCGCACCGCCCGCGCCCCGCCCCGCUGAGCCCUGGGUCGGGCCCGCGGCGGCCGAAGCACAUCGACGACAUCGUCGGCGACACCAAGCGGCCGGCCCCGCGCCCGAGGGGCGAGAGCCAGGCCGCCCCUGGUCCCGCCAACGACGACGGCUGCGACUACAAGACCGGCGACGGCUGCACGCACAGGACGCAGAGCGCAAUCUUAAGCUGGAAGGCGAAGAGCAGGGAGGAGAUAUCCAGCGAUUGCCGAGCUCGAACAGUCGGGCAAGGCCCAGAAGCUGCUGGAGGUCCUGCAGAAGCACACGGCGGAGCUGUAGCUCCAGGCGCCCACGAGCGGCAGGGAGGACCCGGGACACGCCUGCUCGUUGGCCCCCCGGGGCCUCUGGAGCUCUCCGAGCCUGCAGCGCUGGGCUGGGCGCGCGUGCUCCCCUGCGCCCCCGCUGGUGCGCGGCCUCUGCGGGGGGCGCGGGGAGCGGCCUCACCCGAGCCCGACUUAACCCGAGCGCGCAGGCCGCCCCUGCCGCAUCGCGGGCAACCACAUCGGCAGGCCGCGCGCGCGGAACGGGCCGCCCUUGCCCGCGGCCCCUCCCUGCCGGGGGCCGGCCCUCGGCUUGCCGGAGCCUGACGAUCCUGCGAGCGGAGCGGCGACGCGGCCAGGUCUGGUCACCGUCCGGGUGACCGCGAUGCCUCCCGGACCCGCCAGCUCGGUCUUCCCUGUCAUCCGCACCAGUCAGCAGGCAGGGUGCCGGACGGUGGCCCGCUGCCCGAGUGGCUCCUGUGUGCACUCCCGCGGAC